AUGAACACUAAGAAGCAAAAAGGCAACCUUUUAGGAAAAAGAAAGAACGCCAAAUAAGUCUUAUAAAAAAAUAUUGAAAAAAAGCCAUAAAAGAAGAAGGUUGUAUAAAAUAAAGAUCUUGAUGAAGAAAUUCUUUCAGAUGAAAUAGAUUCUGUUUCAGGUAUGAGCAAUGAAGGUGGAAUCGAAGAUCGUUUAAUUGAAAUAGAUGAUGAAACUGAGGAUAAAAAGAGAAUUAGAUUGGCAUAGUAAAUUUUAUAGAAAGCAAAGCUAGAUUCAUAAAAAGGCAAGAGUUAAAAGUUUAUUGAUAAAAUAUAAAAUACUGGAAAUAAUGAUGUUAGUGAUGAUGAGUCUUUUGAUGAUGGUGAAGACCACCACAAAAGUGAAGGAGAUUCCUUUUAAGGUGUUAUUUAUGCUGAAUCAACUCAUACUGAUGCAAUCACAAAGGCUCUUUAAAAUGAAAUUUUGAAAAAAAGAUAGCUCUAAUAUACUUUAUAUGCUGAUAAAGUUCAAAAGUAUUGGAAUAAAAUUGGAUAAACCUUUUAAUAAAAUACUUUAAAAGGUCAUACAAGAUGUAUCACUUCUCUUGAAUUCUGUCCAAAUGGAUAAUACUUAUAUUCUGCAUCUAAGGAUGCCUCCAUCAUUAGAUGGGAUUUAACUUAAACAGAAAAAAGUAAAUAAAAGGAAUUCUUAGUUAGAGAAAAAACUACCGAUGCUCAUAAAGAUGAGAUUUUAUCAAUGAGUAUUAAUCAUCUUGGAAGAUAUUUAGUUACAGCUAGUAAAGAUAAAUCAAUCAAGUUAUGGGAUUUAAAGAAAAUGGGAUUAAUUUAAAAUUUCAAUGGUCACAGAUAACCUAUAAAUGCUAUUAAAUUCGGUAUAAACUCAAACCAAUUCUGUACUGCAUCUUCAGACAGAUAAUUCAAAAUGUGGGAUGCUUCUGAUAAAAUAUUUAUUGAUACAUUCUUUGGACAUAAGGCUGACCCUACAUAUAUUGACUCUAUGAGUGCUAAUAAUUUCAUUAGUUGUGGCUUUGACAGAUAGGUCAUCAUUUGGAAAACUGAACAUUAAUCUUAAUUGAUAUAUGGAGGUCAUGACUACUCCAUUGAUGUUGUAAAAGCAGUAGAUGCAGAACAUUUUAUUACAGGAUCUCAAGAUGGAUCUAUUGCUCUUUGGUCUAUUAAGAAGAAAAAACCUAUAUUUAUUAUGCAUAAAGCCCAUGGAGGAAGUUGGAUUACUGCUUUGGGACAUCUUUAUAACACUGAUUUAUUUUUUUCUGGCUCUCAUGAUUAACAAAUUAAUGCUUAUAAAAUUGAUUUACAAUAAAAGAACUUUUAAAAAAUAUUUUCCAUUCCUUGUAAUGGCGUAAUAAAUGACAUACAAAUAUCAAUAGAUUGUUCUUAUCUUGCAUGUAAAAAAGUUAAUUUGAUAGAUUAUAAUUUAUUAAAUGAAUAUUUGUAAAAAAAAGUUAGCGAGUGUGAUGAACAUAGACUUGGUAGAUGGAUUACAGAUAAGAAAGCAAAAAAUUAGAUUAAGUAUUUCAAAAUAAUGUGA